UUUAAAGACACAGACUCCCCUUCCGACGACCAGUCAGUGCCCAGCGCAAGUCGAGAGAUAGCCUUCCACCCACGACCACCACACCAACGCUCUGAUCUGUUUGCCUAUAGUUAUGUUGAUGGUAUCCUCCAUCCUAUUGAUGUCAAGCCGCUGGGGGGAGCGGUGGUUCGACAUUUCGUGAGCCGAGUAGGGCAGGCAUUAAUGUUAUAGACUGCCAUUCGCCCGAGAAGGCGGAGGAGGAGGAAGGGACGACCGCUGCAGCUGCGGCUGCCUGGCACUUGUGCACCGCCGCCUUGGCUUGCCUUGACUUUGCAUGCAGAGACGUGGAGUGCAUUCAUUGCAACACGACACGCAAUCCACAUGGUGCGCUAGCUCUGGCACUGCGAACGUGACUCGGGCUUAUCUAGAACUAUCCUGGGCUGGGACGACAGGACGGUGCACUGGCGUUUUGGAUUUCUCUAGGCCUACAGGCAGGCGAGCAACAAGGACGAAGGGCUUGGACGAGAGAGAGAGAGGUCAUGGGGAUUGUGUAGAAGAGCGACUAUUGCCAACCUCUCCUGCCUGCUGACCCAAAGCUUCCUGGUUUAGACUACAUCUUUUUGGUGCGGAUUUCCCCCCUGACAUUUACCCAUUUCGGUUGAUCUUCUUUCAGGAGUGUUUAUUUUUGGGGGAUUUUCCUCACGCGCACCUACACUAUGCUUCAACAGAUGUGAACGUUUUUUCUUCUUGUUGUCAACACUGUCCUCGCGUGUGUUCUCUCAUUCUGUCUUUUUUAACGACUUCUGCUCGUAUUUUCUCCACGGAAAUUGCAAACGUCUUCGGCAGUAACAGGCGCCACACUACCUGGGGAAUAUGGCGUGUCUAGUCCCGGCUGUACACGGUUAAAAGACGGGGAAACAGCUCAUGUGAACGAGUGGGCUGCACGCACCACCACGGGCUAUUAGCUACUGUAGUUUUAUGCGGGAUACAUGCGCGUCUCGCCAUCGGCUCUCCCUGUUGUGUUUGUGUCCGUGUUGACUGUUGACACUGGGUCUCCCGACACACACACACACACACACACACACACACACACACACACACACACACACACACACACACACACACACACACACACACACACACACACACACACACUUGAAGACUUCCAUGAAGGCAUCGGCGCAGGCGGGCUUUCCUGCUCUGUGGAGCCGGGCGCAGUGCAUGGCUGGCGGGGGAGUGGGUGAACCAAAGCCGGGAAUGGAGUCGGAACUGGAGCUUGAGACGGACCCAGACGCAGAGGCAGAGCCAGAGUGCGAGAGAGCGCGGCGGUGGGCUGCGCUGUUCGACGAGCUCGACCUCAACAAGGAUGGACACAUCGACAUCAGCGAGCUACGGGCCGGACUCAGCGCACGGGGACUGCUGGGCAGGGGGACCGUGGAAGAGCAGCUGUUGCGUGCGGGUGACAGCGAUGACGAUGGAACGCUGGACUUCCAGGAGUUCUGCACCUACCUGCAGAGCCACGAGAAACGUCUCAAGAUAAUGUUCCACAGCCUGGACCGCAACAAGGACGGCCAGAUUGACGCUGGUGAGAUCCAGCUGUCUCUUCAGUCUCUGGGCAUCAACGUCAGCCUGCAGGAGGCCGAGAGGAUUCUACUGAGUAUGGAUCGGGACGGCACGAUGACCAUUGAUUGGAUGGAGUGGAGAGACCACUUCCUGUUUAACCCUUUACGCAGCAUGGAGGACAUCGCACACUACUGGAAACGCUCUGUGAUGCUGGACAUAGGAGAGCAGUUGACGGUGCCUGAUGACUUCUCUGAGAAGGAGAAGCAGUCGGGUUUCGUGUGGCGUCAGCUCAUGGCUGGAGCGAUGGCUGGAUCAGUGUCCCGCACAGGCACCGCACCACUAGACCGCCUCAAAGUCUUCCUGCAGGUGCAUGGUUCUAAGUCUGACCAGGGUAACGUGCUGUCUGGCCUGAGGGCGAUGAUCAAGGAGGGGGGUCUGGCGUCGCUAUGGAGAGGGAACGGCGUCAACGUACUGAAGAUCGCACCCGAGACCGCCAUCAAGUUCCUCGCAUACGAACAGAUAAAGCGAGUGAUGGGAGGAGGUACGGACGGCGGUUCUCUAAAAGUGCAUGAGCGCUUCGUAGCCGGAUCACUGGCAGGAGCAACUGCACAGACAGCCAUCUACCCUAUGGAGGUUUUGAAGACUCGUCUGACGUUACGCAGGACCGGCCAGUACUCGGGCGUGACGGACUGUGCCAGACAGAUCCUUGAGAAGGAAGGAAUACGCGCCUUCUAUAAGGGAUACGUGCCCAACAUGCUGGGGAUCAUACCUUAUGCCGGCAUAGACCUAGCUGUAUACGAGACUCUAAAGAACGCCUGGCUGCAGUCCCAUAGUGGGGUGUCAGCUGAUCCAGGUGUGAUGGUGCUGGUGGGAUGCGGAGCGCUCUCCAGCACCUGUGGCCAGCUCGCCAGCUACCCGCUAGCACUCAUACGCACACGCAUGCAGGCACAGGCCUCUGUCAUAGGUGCUCCUCAGGUCUCCAUGGUAACUCUGAUCCGCAACAUCAUCAUGGAAGAGGGCGUGGCUGGACUGUACCGGGGGAUCGCCCCCAACUUCCUCAAGGUCAUCCCGGCCGUCAGCAUAUCAUACGUGGUCUACGAACACAUGAGGGGGCUGAUAUUCAAACUCACUGCAUAGGGACGUGCUGUGGAUCAGCCCAAAGACCUGAGGAGCAAGACACACACACACAC